UUUUUUUUUUUUUUUGGUAAACACAAAGACUAAAACUUUCCAACUUAUAAAAACAACAAUUCUUAUUUAGUUACCAGUACUCCCCAACCCAUAUUCUAAAAGCCAGCGACUUUCCCAGAUAUCCCUUUUUCUUUUUUCUGUGAAAAGAGACGGGAAAUAUUUAUAAUGGCUCAAGACCAGAGGGAGAAUGAGGUGGGAAAUGGUUGGGAUCAUGAACAAGAGGAGAAUGAUCCAAACCAGAAGAACAAAAUGAGAGGAGUAGGAGGAGAAGAGGAGGCUCUUUCUGUGGAGAGGAUCUUUGAGAACCAAGAGGUUCCUUCAUGGAGGCAGCAACUCACUGUGAGAGCCUUUGUGGUGAGUUUUGUGCUCAGUAUACUUUUCAGUUUCAUAGUGAUGAAGCUCAACCUCACAACUGGGAUUAUUCCUUCCCUCAAUGUCUCUGCUGGUCUGUUGGGUUUCUUCUUUGUGAAAACUUGGACCAAGUUUCUGUCCAAGUCUGGAUUGUUGAAGAAACCCUUUACUAGGCAGGAAAACACUGUCAUUCAGACCUGUGUUGUUGCUUCUUCAGGGAUUGCCUUUAGCGGCGGUUUUGGAAGUUACCUUUUUGGAAUGAGUGGACGAAUUGCCAAUGAAUCUUCAGACACCAGUGAUUUUAAAGAUCCUUCACUAUCAUGGAUAAUCGGUUUCCUCUUUGUUGUUAGCUUUCUUGGUCUCUUCUCUGUGGUGCCUCUCCGGAAGAUAAUGAUCAUAGACUUCAAAUUGACAUAUCCAAGUGGUACUGCAACUGCUCAUCUUAUCAACAGCUUCCACACUCCUGAGGGAGCCAAACUAGCAAAGAAACAAGUUAGAACGUUGGGCAAGUUUUUCUCCUUCAGCUUCUUAUGGGGUUUCUUUCAAUGGUUCUAUACUGCUGAAGAAGAUUGUGGAUUUAAGAGCUUCCCUUCUCUGGGGCUCAAAGCAUAUAAGAACAAGUUUUACUUUGAUUUCUCUGCAACAUACGUAGGAGUAGGGAUGAUUUGUCCUUACAUUGUAAACAUCUCCGUGCUGCUAGGAGGAAUUCUUUCUUGGGGUCUGAUGUGGCCACUCAUAGACAAUAGAAAGGGUGAUUGGUUUCCUUCAAAGCUCAGCCCAACCAGCAUGCAUGGCCUGCAAGGUUACAAGGUAUUCAUUGCCAUUGCCAUGAUCCUUGGGGAUGGACUAUACAACUUCUUCAAGGUGAUAAGUCGGACUGUAUCUGGUUUAUACAGUCAACUCAAACAAAAAGAUAUUGGUGUCAUUCUCCCAGUUGCAGAUCGUUCCUCUCCUGCAAGCACAACCCCUGAGACAUCUUUUGAUGACCAACGCCGGACCCAACUCUUCCUCAAAGAUCAAAUCCCAACAUGGUUUGCUGUUGCAGGCUAUGUUGCAAUAGCUGCAAUCUCCAUCGGCACUCUUCCACACAUAUUCCCCCAACUCAAAUGGUACUACAUUGUUGUAAUAUACCUUUUUGCACCCACCUUGGCUUUCUGCAAUGCAUAUGGAUGUGGCCUCACAGAUUGGUCCCUGGCCUCCACCUAUGGAAAGCUGGCCAUCUUCACGAUUGGAGCAUGGGCGGGUGCCUCCCACGGUGGUGUUCUUGCCGGCCUAGCAGCUUGUGGUGUCAUGAUGAACAUUGUCUCAACAGCAUCAGACCUGAGUCAAGAUUUCAAGACUGGCUACUUAACACUGGCUUCGCCUCGCUCCAUGUUUGUGAGCCAAGUUAUUGGGACAGCAAUGGGAUGUGUGGUCUCUCCUUGUGUCUUUUGGCUCUUCUACAAAGCCUUUCAUGACCUUGGUACCCCUGACAGUGAGUAUCCUGCCCCUUUUGCUGUUGUGUACCGUAACAUGGCCAUACUUGGAGUAGAAGGCUUCUCAUCUCUGCCAAAGAACUGCCUCUUGCUUUGUUACGUCUUCUUUGGUGCAGCCAUUCUGAUAAACCUGAUUAAAGAUUGUGUUGGCAAGCAAAGAGGAAGGUUCAUUCCAAUUCCAAUGGCAAUGGCCAUACCUUUCUAUAUAGGUCCGUAUUUUGCUAUUGAUAUGUGUAUUGGGAGCUUGAUCUUGUUUGUGUGGGAAAAGAAAAACAAGGCCAAGGCAGAUGCUUUUGUGCCUGCAGUAGCUUCAGGUUUGAUCUGUGGUGAUGGGAUAUGGACUUUGCCUGCUUCAAUACUUGCUCUUGCAGGGGUUCAGCCCCCAAUUUGCAUGAAGUUUUUGUCAAGGGCAACAAAUGCUAGAGUUGAUAAUUUCUUAAAUCCAUCAUAGGCUAAAGUCUUAAGUUUGGUAUACGAUGAAUGAAAGUGUCAAUCAUUUAAAGGGUGCAUACAUCUAUGGAUAUCUCAAAACCUCUUUACUUCUUUCGUUCCAUUUUUCUUCUCCUUUCUGUUUGUGGAGAAGACAAAGUUAGGACAUGGGAAAGUUUCCAUUUCUUUGCUUUGUGAUGUAAAAUAUUGGUGUUUAGGGUUUGAUAUAUUGAGACAGAUACUAUAGUUAUCAAAUUCAGAUAACCAAGUGAUGCGAUAAAAUCUUAGCUGUUAAAAAAUAAACUAAGUUUGCUUGCAGAAGUGAACAUCACUUGGUAUCUAGAUUUUGAUAAACAUAUUUGGUCAGUCUUUUAUUAUUGUAAUAUUAAAGAAAAAUAUGUAAGAAAAAAAAAAUGUGAAUGUUUAAACGUCGUC